CUAUUAGCCACAAUGGCGAGCACAAUGGCGUAAUUUUUUAAUGAUUUGCUAUAUAAUUACUAUUAUUUAUGGAAAUUUGCAUGUCUAUAAAUUACAUUUCAUGGAUAUAAUCUGGGUCAUAUUCCUGUAUUAUUUACUGAUUUUGAGUUCAUGUCAUUUAAUGUUUUUUAAAAAGCACUGAUAUUAGUAAUCUAUGGCACUGAUCUAUAAAUACAGAAAACGGUAAAUAUUCAUGUAAACUCCAUGUAAAUAAAGAAGUAAACUAGGCAACAUACACUACAUCUACUAAUAAACCGUCUAAAAUUCAAAUGGUUUUUUCCCCAAGUAGGUAUUUUUAUCACAUAAGUACGAUAACAAAAGAAUGUUAGUAAGUUUGCCGUAAAUGUUGAUCGUAUUAUUAUGUCGGGGAUAAUAUUAAUAUUGGCUUUACUAUUUAUAAAAACGAUUAACUGUAAAAGUCCUAACAUACUGUUUAUUAUUGUGGAUGAUUUGAGGCCCAGUUUGAAGUGUUAUGGGGAUCAGGAAGCUUACACACCUAAUAUUGAUAAACUUUCUUCUACAAGUUUUUUAUUUAAAAAUGCAUAUGCUCAGCAAGCAUUAUGUGGUCCCAGUAGAAGCUCUUUUUUAACAAGUAGAAGACCAGAUACUUUAAAUGUCUACGUUAAUGAAUACAGUUAUUGGAGGUCAACAGUGGGAAACUUUACAACCUUACCACAACACUUCAAACAAAAUGGCUACCACACCUACUCCAUUGGAAAAGUUUUUCAUCCAGGAAAAAUGUCUAAUUUCACAGACGAUUACCCAUACAGUUGGAGUACAGAAGCUUUUCAUCCAAAGACAGAUGCUUAUACAAACGCUAAAGUUUGUAUAGGAAAAGAUGGAAAGCUUGCCAAAAAUUUAAUUUGUCCCGUCAUUCCUGAAUAUCAACCUGAUGGCACCUUGCCAGACUUAGAAUCACUAAAUGAAGCUGUACGAUUUUUGAAGUAUAAGAAUGAGAUUGCAGAUAAACCGUAUUUUUUGGCAGUUGGGUUUCACAAGCCUCAUAUACCUUUAAAAUUUCCCAUUCAAUACAUUGGUUGGUCCAUAGGUGAACAUGGCGAAUUUGCUAAAUAUAGCAAUUUUGAUAUAGCAACUAAAGUGCCUUUGUUGAUUCAUGUACCAGGUUUUUCUGAAAAUGAAGUCAUAUUCAGCAAUCCUGUAGAAUUAGUCGAUUUGUUUCCUACACUUGUAGAUUUAACUCAGGUAUCAGAACCUCUAAAAAGGUGUGCUUUCAACAAAUCUGAAAUUUUAUGUACAGAAGGACGAAGUUUGGUUCCAUCUAUCUUUAAAAAGAGUUUAAAUAAGAACAUUCCACCAUCUGUUGCAUUUACACAAUACCCAAGACCAGGAUUGAGGCCCACCCUGCAGCCUAACAGUGAUCAACCCAAAUUUCAAGAAAUAACUAUAAUGGGUUACUCACUGAGAACUAAUAGAUAUAAGUAUACAGAAUGGGUAAAAUUUUCCAUCAAAACAUUCAAGCCAAAUUGGGAUGUUGUUUAUGGAAGAGAAUUAUAUGACCAUGUAAUUGAUCCUGAUGAAAAUAAUAAUAUAGUUGACAGGGACGUACUAAAAAAUAUCACUAAAGCGUUAAGAAAAAAAUUGAUAUUAGGUUGGAGAUAUUCUUAA